CUACCCAAGAGGAGGAAAGGAAACCAGAAUCUGGCUGUGUAGGGUGAGGGCUUGUGUGUGUGAUUUUGGAAAGGAAACAGCACGAUGUCUUCAGCGACCACCACUACUGCUUUACCCAGUGGCGUCACAGUCCUGGCUUCAUUUCCUGACAUUCUUGUUGUUCCUGAGUUUGUUUUUGGUGGCCUGGUCUGGAUCCUUGUUGCUUCUACCAGAGUUUUUAUACCCAUGAGUCAAGGCUGGGUGAUGUUUGUCUCCUUGUUUUGCUUUGUCAUUUCUACACUGCUUUUCCUCUUAUAUUUGUGUGGAGCUCACGGUGGAAAAAGUGCUUGGGUUGCUUUGGAUGCUUUCUACCAGGUAAUUGCAUCAGUUUUCUACUUGAGUGCAGCAGUUUUGCAAGCCUAUACUACAAUAAUACAUAAGGAACUGUGGAAGAAUUACCAACUAGAUAUAGCAGCUGUGGUUUUUGCAUUUGCAGUUACACUGACUUAUGUAAUCCAUAUGGUGUUCUCACUUCUGAGGUGGAAAUCUUCUUAAACUCAGUGUUCUAUGGAUUUUACAGACAUAUUUGUUUUUGUCUAAAGAACUUUCUUUAGAGAUCUUAUAUAAACAAUAAUGUACUUCAUUAUAUGUUAACAGUAAAUUUCCUUAUCAAUAUUUAUCCUUAAUCUCUGACCCCAUAUCCCAAGUCUUUGUUAGAAUGGAAGGGAGGAAACUUGAGUAUCUGCCUUAAAAUAUAUUUGUAUUAAAAUGCCUUUUAUGUAAAUGGACAAUAAAUUGUACUUCACAAUCAUGUACGUUGUACAAUUAAAGGCUUCAAGUUCAA